GAAGUAAAGCGAUUUCCAAAGGAGAGAGGAGAAACUUCACUAAAUGGACUGACAGAUAAGUCAUCAUUCUGUCUCCACACGCACUGACCCACAUUCUCCUGACCAGUUUUGCCAAGAGACUCUACCGGAAACGACGAUUUGCACUCUCAGUGGGAACCUCAGUGGCAGAUUCAGAGAAUGGCAGAGAAGGUGCUGGUUACAGGUGGAGCGGGCUACAUCGGGAGUCACUGUGUGGUGGAGCUUAUUGAAGCAGGCUUCCAGCCAGUCGUAGUAGAUAACUUCAGUAACGCUGUCAGAGGAGAAGGGGAUGUGCCAGAGAGCAUACGAAGGAUAGAGAAGUUUCUGGGCACCAGCAUUGAGUUUCAUGAACUGGACCUUCUGGACAGACCUGGUUUGGAAAAACUCUUCAAAAAGCAUGCUUUCAGUGCUGUGAUGCACUUUGCUGGUCUGAAGGCCGUCGGCGAGUCAGUGGAGCAGCCGCUACGCUACUACAGAGUCAACCUCACCGCCUCCAUGAAUCUGCUUGAGGUGAUGCAGGCUCACAGGGUGCACAAUCUGGUCUUCAGCAGCUCAGCCACGGUGUACGGAGACCCCCAGCACCUGCCCAUCGACGAGGAGCACCCGGUGGGUGGCUGCACCAACCCUUACGGCAAGACCAAAUACUUCAUCGAAGAGAUGAUCAAGGACCACUGUAAAGCAGAGAAGGACUGGAAUGCAGUGCUGCUGCGUUAUUUCAACCCAAUUGGAGCUCAUUCCUCAGGCCUGAUAGGAGAAGACCCUCAGGGUAUCCCCAACAACCUGCUGCCAUAUGUUGCCCAGGUCGCAAUUGGGAGAAGAAAGUGCCUCAGUGUAUUUGGGAAUGACUAUGACACACUCGAUGGGACAGGUGUGAGAGAUUAUAUUCACGUUGUAGAUCUGGCAAAGGGACACAUAGCAGCUCUGAAGAAGCUGAAGGACAACUGCGGGUGCAAGGUUUACAACCUUGGAACAGGGAGGGGCUACUCUGUGCUCCAGAUGGUAAAAGCCAUGGAGAAGGCAUCAGGGAGAGAGAUUGCAUACAAGAUCGCCCCUCGUAGGGGAGGAGACAUUGCCUCCUGCUACGCUGAUCCUCGUCUGGCUGAGAAGGAGCUGGGCUGGAAGGCUGAAUUCGACCUGGAAAGAAUGUGUGAGGAUCUGUGGCGCUGGCAGUCCUUGAACCCCACAGGAUUUUCAAAUGGCACAGCUUCUUGAUACAACUCCAGCCUGUCAUUAAAUGUUUUUUCCUUUUCUAAAUCACCGGGCCAAAGCGAACCGUCAACUUCCUCAUUUUUGCAUAUUGCAUAAACACAUGAUGAGACCUCAGGAGGAGCUGAAUGCUUUACGUUCUGUCAUGUUUCAUUUCUUAUUAGCUCUACAUUAA